AUGUGGGGAGUAUCCAAGGUGGGGAGCCCAGAGAGGACUGAUAUGUUGGCUCAGCGAAAUCUUCACAUAGGAAAGCAUGGCUGGUUGACACUAAGAAUAUACCUGGAUAGCCAAAGAAGGAAGGAAGAAAUUUUAAGUCGAGAUGAAGGUCACCUGGAGCCAAGAAGCCAGUUAGAGAGACUCAGCCUCGUCCAGGCAAGCUGCUGGCACCGGCUGCUUCCAGAGAAGCCCAACACAAUGGUGUUCGCUUUCUGGAGGGUCUUCUUGAUCCUAUACUGCCUUACAGGUAAAGGUACUAUGAUACAAGUGACCAUCCCAAACAGUAUUGUCAAUGUGACUGUUGGCUCAGAUGUCACUCUCAUCUGUAUCUACACAACCACUGUGGCCUCCAGGGACAAGCUUACCAUCCAGUGGUUCUUCUUCCAAAAGGAGACGCAGCCAAUUUCCAUCUACUACUAUGAAGAUGGACAGGCUGAAGUCAAUAAGAGAUUUAAAGAGCGAAUUAUAGGGUCCUCCCAACCAGGUAAUGCAUCUAUCACCAUCUCUAAUAUGCAACCAGAAGAUACUGGAAUUUACAUCUGUGAUGUUACCAACCCACCAGAUGUUUUUGGCAAAAACCAAGGCACCAUCAGUGUCAGUGUAUUAGUCAAACCUUCCAAGCCCUUUUGUAGUGUUCAAGGACUGCCAGAAACUGGUCACCCUGUUUCUCUUUCUUGCUUCUCUACAAUUGGAACACCUUCCCCUGUGUACUACUGGUAUAAGCUUGUGGGGGAAGACGCCAUCCCAGUGAAAGAACACUUCGACCCAGCCACUGGGAAUUUGGUUAUUGGAAAUCUGACAAACUUUGAAAAAGGUUAUUACCAAUGCACAGCUGUCAACAGCCUUGGUAAUAGUUCCUGCAGAAUUAACCUAACAGCUUCACAUCAAGAAGUUGGAAUCAUUGUUGGAUCCUUGCUGGGUAUCCUGAUAGGUGCUGCCAUCAUCACCACUUUUGUGUAUUUCGCAUGGAAAAAGACAAAGGAAAGGAGGGGACAUGCUAGAAGCACCACAGAGCUUGAGCCAAUGACCAAAGCAACCCGAAGUAGAGAGCGUUCAGCAAUGUUCUCUGAACGCCCCAUCCAGAGAGAAACAAUUCGGAGACCUUACAUCUUUGAGACGAACCGUGUUGCUAUGCUGGAGCAGGACCUGGAGCCUAAAUGCCAGCUGCAGGCUGCCCUGAGGCUUGGCUUAGGGCAGCCUGAAUAUAAGGUGCAGACUGCCCUGAGGCGUGGCUCAGGGUCUGAGCUUGCACCCCAGCUGGAGCCAGUGCAGGAGCUGGAGCCAGUGCAGGAGCUGGAAACAGUGCAGGAGCUAGAGCCUGAGCCUGAGCCCGAGCCUGAGCCUGAGCCUGAGUCCGAGCCUGAGUCUGAGCCUGAGUCCGAGCCUGAGUCCAAGCCUGAGCCCGAGCCUGAGCCUGAGCCUGAGCCUAAGCCUCAGCCUCAACCUGAGCCACAACCAAGAGCUGCAGUUGAGUCCUUCUGUGAUGAGGAUGAAAUUGUUUAA